ACACAAAUAUAUCUAUGUAUAUCUAUAUUCUGUGACGUAUGACUCUGUCAGUAAUGUCACGAAUUGUUGAGAACAAUAAAUAUCGUGUGCAUUGUCACCAUUCGUUACUUUAUAGCCAAACCGAUAUUAAAAUAUUAAUUAAUAAAUUAAUUAUGUUUUAUAUAAAUAAUUUUUAUAUAAGUCAUCACAUCUAUCUUUCUAAUAUUGUAAACAUUUUGUGCAAUCAUUAGUUUGUGCUAUAUAAAUUAAUUUGUUGAAACUGAAAUCCUUAUAUCAAUAAUUAAAUAAGAAGCUGCUUUUAUCUUGUCCUCUGCAAUAAAUCGUCAUUCUCUUCGUGUAUUAUCGUAUAGAUCCAACGAUCACCAAGGAAACUCAACAAUAUAGCGUGAAUAUAGUGUUUAUUGGUGAUAUUCUUAUCGCACGGAGAAGUAAGUUUUUAUAUCAAAUCGUACACUCCUCUUUGCGCCUUUCGUAAUGGAUUUAUGAAUCAAAUGAUAAUUUAACUGUGAAUUGAUAGAAUUUUUAUCAGUAUGCAACGAGCGCCGAUAUUACCUUGUCUCCCAGGAUUUAGCAUUGACAGAAAUUUUGGUAGAACAAGAUUUCACAAAAGUCAACAUUUCGACAAGAUACAUGAUGGAGUGUACUAUUUAUCCGAGAAAGCGGAUACGAGAGCGUACAGUCAUUAUUCAUCCCUCUAUCCUCGAGGAAAGGAGCCAGAAAUUCCGUCGUGGCUUGCAUACGAUGGCCAAAGACUUAUGUUUAAAGCGUUUUUCCAAGAGACUGUACAAGAAAAAUGGAAAACGGCUUUUCACAUUCGUGUGGUGAACAUCAGUUUUUUUCUAGAAGACGGAACAAUGAAAAUUGUAGAACCAUCCGUGGAUAAUAGUGGUCUUGAGCAAGGUGUUUUGGUCAGACGCCAGAGGAUACCGAUUCCCGAUCCAGUGAAGUACAGAUAUUACGACGUGCUCGAUUUAAAUGUCGGCAAGGAACCCGAGAUAUAUGGACGAGUAUAUAAAAUCGUGGACUGCGAUAAAUUCACGAGGCAGUUUCUCAAUCGCAUGGGAAUAUCAGUGCCCGAUCCGAUCGAAAUACCAAAGGAUCCAUAUCAUGAAAUUCAGAAAGCUGAAAGGGAAGUAUUUCCAAAGAAGCCUAAUCGCACGAUAGAUACUCUUGGGAAUUUUUUGAAAUACGAUAGACAGGUGCUCCGAUUUUAUGGAUAUUGGGACGAUACCGAGAGUCCUCAUGGUAUCGUCCAUGAUCUUGAACUGCAUUAUUAUCUCUCUGAUAAUACGAUGGAAAUUAAAGAAAAUGUAUCGCCAAAUACUGGCCGAGAUUCCGGUCCAAUGCUCGUUAAACGGAUGAAGAUACCAAAGUUUUAUACCGGCUUGGAACCAAUCGGCGCGGAAAAUCGUUUUACGGUUCUAAAUGUGCUAGGCGAAAAUAUAAGGCAAGGGUAUUACAUGAUGGAUUCUUUAGACACUGGCAAGAUUACCGAUUAUUACAAAGAUAACGAACUAGCUAUCGGAGCGGAAAUUAGCGUUUUUGGUAGAAGAAUUGUCAUCACGGAUAUGGAUGCCUUUACAAAGGAAUAUUAUAGAACAAAAUAUGGCUUGGAUGAUUUCACGCCUCUGAUACAUCCUCGAAAGGACGAUGAGUUAUAUCAAAAGGUUGAGAGGUACAUACCGCCUUACAAUGGUUUUGGAUCUUAUGAUGAUUCCCUCGGAAAUUGUUUUACAAUGAUACCGAAACCGCCCAAAUCAGACUUCAUUAAAUUCUUGUAUCACGACAAACAAGGCUUCAACAGCCACGUCUUGAGAUUUCGGGCAAAAAUGAUAUCAAAAAUCCCAGAGAAUGAAGAAAGACAAUUUAUUAUAAGAGUAUUUCUUAUGGACGACACGAUAUCUAUUUUUGAACUGGCGAAACGAAACUCAGGCUUUCAGAGAUCCUUAUUUCAAAAACGGAUGCCGAUAAUGUUGCCUUGUCAGAAUAUUUUCACAAGUAAGAAACCGGAAUACUACAAAUCACAAGAUUUUUACAUAGGAGCACGCUUAAACCUGUACGACUUUCAUUUUGAAAUUACGUCUGCGGAUGUUUAUGCCCUGCGUUACAUGGAGUUACAUUGCGAUAAGUUUCCUAAAGCAAACAAAAAAAUAAUAAUGGAAAAACUGCGAGAAAGUUUACAGCCCGUUUACAAAGAGUUUAUUCAAUUAUAUGCUCCACCUGAAAGCACAAAAGAUGAUAUUCGAGUUUUGGAAUAUGAAAAGCUUAGAGAAGCAUUGCGCCGAUACAUGGGGGACAAGAUAACAGAACACGAAAUGAUUACGAUUGCUCGCUAUUAUUCAUCUCAUGAGAAAAUAGAACACCGAUCAAGAGAAUAUGUAAGACGUCUGCUGCAUACAGAACUAUACCGAUUUCUGUGGAAUGAUCUUGAUUGCUUGGAGAAGGAUUUACAUCAUUGGGAUGAAGACAGAACAGGAUUUUUACCUCGAGAAUCCCUAUACACGAUUCUGCGCGGUUGCAGAAUUCCCGUUGAUGUGGAACUAUUGAAUUCUAUGCUAAAUCACUUGCACAAGGCUGAAGACGGCAGAAUUGAUUACAAGGACAUGCUACAGUUCAUGAACGUGAAAAUCGAUCCUCUACCACCCGCCGAACCUGUGAAUGUAAAAACGGCACUUUGGUGGGCAUCCGAGAAAGAGCCGGACUGCGGAGAAGGGAUAAAUUGGUGCGACUUUAUCAAAGAUCUGGACAUAAAAGCGGAAGAAAAUGUGGUGAAAGAUAAUAGCAAUACGGAAACGGAACUCGCGCUGACACAUCAAAUAUAAUCGGGAUCAUGCAAAAACGAUUUCUAAUUACAACAAGGAUAGUAUAAUAAUCUUUUUUUAAUAAAUAUACAAUCUUC